AUGGCCUCGGCGGUGUUUGAGGGCACCUCGCUCGUGAACAUGUUUGUGCGCGGCUGCUGGGUGAACGGCAUCCGCAGGCUCAUCGUCAGCCGGCGUGGGGACGAGGAGGAGUUCUUCGAGAUCCGCACGGAGUGGUCGGACCGCAGCGUCCUCUACUUGCACCGCAGCUUCGCCGACCUGGGCCGCCUGUGGCAGCGUCUCCGGGACGCAUUCCCCGAGGACCGGCCGGAGCUGUCGCGCGCGCCGCUGCGCCAAGGACUGGUCGCCAUAAAGGAUGCCCACGAUAUAGAGACCAGGCUUAAUGAGGUGGAGAAGUUGCUGAAGACCGUCAUAAGCAUGCCGUGUAAAUAUUCUAGGUCAGAAGUUGUGCUCACCUUCUUUGAAAGAUCUCCUCUGGACCAGGUGUUAAAAAAUGACAGUGUACAUAAAAUUCAACCCAGCUUUCAAAGUCCCGUGAAAAUAUCAGAAAUCAUGAGGUCCAAUGGAUUUUGUUUAGCAAAUACAGAAACUAUUGUUAUUGACCACAGUAUACCUAACGGAAAAGAGCAGCACCUGGGUGUGGAUCCGACAGAGCAUUUGUUUGAGAAUGGCAGUGAGUUUACCUCAGAGCUGGAGGAUGGCGAUGACCCAGCAGCUUAUGACACCAACCUGUCCUAUUACCACCUGGUCCCCUUUGAGACAGACAUUUUGGACUGAGUCUCCAUGGGGCCCCCUCCUCUCCAGCCCUCAACUGCUGGUUCUGCUGCUGCUCACUGUGCUGACUCCAGGCCACAGCUCGCCAUGCCUGUGUUGACUAAGUGUGGUUCUGCUGCCAGGCCCCACUUGGCAGCCCACACCCAUGAGGCCCGGUGUUUUGCAAGUGGAGCAGUGGGGUUUCUGAGGUUAGGGCCCACCCCAAGAUCUCCAACAACCAGGAUACAGAUCCCGGGAGUCCACGAAGCCUGCUGCUAUGAAAGGGUCUUCUCUCCACUGCACACCACCAGCCUGUUUCUGCAUUCCUGGGACUCGCUCCCCACAGCAUGUGGAGGAGCCGCAAGUGCCUGCAACACAUCAACACAUCACAAUGCAAGGGCGGAACACCCAGGGCCUUGCUGGGCUCCUCCUCUCCUGUUCCUGCUUCCUGGGGAGAGCCUUCCUCUUGGUUCAGUGGCCCACGGCCAGCCAGCCCCCUCCCCUCCCACCAUCCCGGGCAUGACAAGCGCACAAAACAAUCCAUGUGAGGUUUUGUUGUGUUGCCAAGUUCUGGAUGACACACACAGGGCACGUUAAGUAAUCAACAUUUUCCUGGGAAGCAGGAUGUGUGGCUUUCAUUUGUUUUUCAUCUUUUACCUGGAAACUGUGGGCUGGCUUUGUGUCAGCCAUAGAGGGUGUUUACAGAAGGUGAAUUGUGAAUGGGGAUAGAGACGGAGAAAUCAUUGACCAUCAGGUGCUUAUCUGAGCUGGGACUGAGUUAAUGAUUCUUCUCAAGAGGAAAAGAAUCCUGCCUGGCCUGCCAGCAUCUCUUCAGGGUAACAGCGUCUUGACCACCCUGAGCACCAGAGGUUUGCCUCUCCUGCCGGUUCCCAGGUCUCAACCAUGUAAUUGCCAUGGUAACAUGAAAGGAUGGAAAUGAGAAGAAAGCCACCCGCUCAGCUGCCUGUUCCCCUUUGCUCUGGGGGAGGGGCUGGGUUGUACGUGUAUAACUCCUUUAUCUCCUCACAGUGUCUACUAAGGACCAACAUUAGCUAAUGUAAAUAAUAGUAAAUUAUUGA